AUGUGCUUCCCACAAGCGAACAUCAUAAACGACGAAGAAAGCUCCCACCAUCUUUAUCUGGGUUUCUACCAAAGGAAUAGACGACGGGGUUUCUAUGCAUCGCUCUUCCAUGUGGCCCUGAUAUGUCCAUAUUAUCUUCUGACUUACAGGAAACAAGGUCACGCCUUCAUUAAGCUUAUUAGAGAAGAUUCUUUCUUCCACCGCUGGACUCCUGGAGAAGAUGAGAAGCUCUUGGCAUACAUUCAAGAACAUGUUCAUGGAAGCUGGAGAGCUUUGCCUUCAAAAGCUGGCCUGCAAAAAUGUGGGAAAAGUUGCAGGUUGAGGUGGAUAAACUAUCUUAGACCUGAUAUAAAGAGAGGAAAAUUCACUCUUCAAGAAGAACAGACCAUAAUUCAACUUCAUGCUCUCUUGGAAUCAAACUUUUCAGAUUCAAGAAAUACAGUUAUGAUCAAGAAUUUCAGCCACCGCUAUCUCCGGUAAAUUUCCUUCAUUUAUGGUUGAAAUGUCUGGAGUGUUGAUGAAGGAUGAAAUCUUUCAUGUUCCUCAAGGCCAACAAAAGGGACUCUGAUAUAAACUCUGUUUCAAGCGAAAGUUAUGCAAAAGAUGCCGAUGUAAAUAAAGAAAAAACUGUUUUCUUGAAUUCGAAGCAAGAUGGUGUUAUGAAGAAAUGGAUUCGAAAGAGGUUAGAUUCUAAAGAAGGUGAAAUAGAUUCAGAAAAAUGAAGUAAAACAUGAAAGAUGAUUUGAAAUCCGUGGUAUGUUACUCGCGAGCUGAUGGAAAUGUUCCAUUAAUUGGCCUUUGGGGUCAAUCCAUGGGUGCUGUAACAAGAUGGGACCCGGGAGAUAGUUGUUCCUGCCAUGUCAUGGGAUACAGGGAAGAACCCUGCUUUUGUUGCUGUAACCUUUAGAAAGAAUAAGAAUGCUACUUCUGCCAUUGUUAGCCAUUGCAAGCUUGCUGGAAGAACUCAUGUUCUACUGUUUUACAUGUCUCUAUUCUUUAUGCUCUGUAUUGGAGAAAAUGGUCACCAUAAGUUUUUAAUUUGUUAUGCUACUUCAUUUUUCUAGUUUUGAACAAACUGUUAUUGAGU